AUGCUGAAGCUAGAUAACGUGGUGGAUCUUAACUUGAGAAGUGACGCGAUAGCAUCAUUGCAUCCUUGUGACACUUGCACCUCAACCAGUAGGCAGCCUCAUCAGAUGCCUCCUUCCACAAAGCCGCUGGUGAAGCCUGUCGCACACCCCCACAACUCCUCUGCCAUGCAGUCUCAGCCGGCAACACUCUCCAACACGCAGAUGAGUGGGCUGGGCACAGUAUCAGUCGCAAGUUCGGUCCACGACUCGGAGCCAGCAAUGCACGAAACGAUGAGAGCCGAUGCAGCGGAGGACAGGCUGCUGCGAGCAAUGUCGCACUUCAGCAAGGUGACCCCUCUGGCCAACCAGAUCCCCGCCAAUCGAGCAGGAUCAGCGCUGAUCGCCUACGUGGAGGCGAGGAAUGAGCUUGACGAGCCUGCCUUGUGGGAUGAUUUUGUGACGACGUCACCAGUGCAAUUCCUCAAAGCAGAGCUGAAGACUCCAACGCAGACAGCAAUCCUUGAAAGACACCUGGCAAGGUUCGAGGUCGGAGUUCCGCUCAUCAACGGGAGUCUCAACAUGAAGCUCUUGCCCGACCUGACGAUCAGCAAGGUGCAGCGAGACGACUUGGACUGUCAGGAGGGAGACAAGAUCGUUCAGGUCGAUGGGAUCCCGGUGUCCAACAUUGAAGACCUUCGGAUUCACUUGCAGGGCAGGCAGGAGAUCACCCUGGUGAUUGAGAAUGCCGGCACACCCUUGUUUACCAUUCACGACGCUACGACUCCCUACUGGGAGGUGACUUCUGUUCCCUCAGCGACGUCGAUCCGAGGGUCGCUCAAGGCGGGGGACCUUGUGCUGAGGAUAAAUGACAUCCCCGUCUCCGGACUUGACACCCGCAAGGCUCUUGACACGACUUUCGCUAAAGUUAGCCUCCUCCCUUCUGACUCUCAGCUUGCUCAGAGGAUUAAGGCGGAAGGGCUGAUGUCCUUCACGACUCAGGCACGUGCAAAGGUGGAAGUGAGCAGCUCCAAGGGCAUGAACACCAUGGACCCCAAGUACAACAUCAUCCUCACAAACUUUGAGCCAGCCAUGUUUGCAGGAGCAUACAUCGUAGGGAUCUACCUGGGACGGCAUCAGAUUGGAGAGGAGUUCAACUUAGAGAUCGUGGAGGGGCCGGCAGACGCUAAGCGCUCGGAUGUUGUGCGAGAUGGGCUAUGGCAGGCAGUGGCCGGCAUUCCUGUUGACUUUCGGCUGGAUUGUUUCGAUAGCGCUGGCAACAAGAAGUUCAAGGGAGGAGACAGGAUUCAGAUACAAGACGCCGACGUGAAGGACCUCGGGAACGGCAGCUACAACGUGUCGUGGACGCAGACUCAAGUCGGGAGCCGCAUCAUUGACAUCCGGGUCAACGGCGAGUCCAUGCAAGGCACCCCCCAGGUGGAAGUGCUCCCAGCUGAAGUCUACGCCCCCAACUGCCAGGUCAGCCUCGUCACGGGCAUCCACGGCUUCAACGUCGCCUCCAACGGCAACGUGGACUGGACGGUGAUCGCAGGAACUUCUUCCUCGCUGACCGUCAAACUCUUUGAUCGCUUCGGAAACCCCCGGCCCAGGGCCAAAGACGUUGUCACAAUGAUCCAGCACGGGCCCUGCUUCAGGAAGGAGAUGAUCCGUGCUGAGUUGCCCCUGGAGCCUUCCGGGCUCGGCAUCUACGAGUUUCAAGGGCUUAUCACCCACGGAACCACCAAGAACGCUGACGGCCAGUACGAGUACUCCAAAAUUCAGGUGCUGGUGAACGGGGAAGACGUGGCAGAGCGAGCAUGGUCCAUCGAUGUCGUCCCUGCCGAGGUGGCGCUGGACAAGUGCAUGGCGGUCGUGCCGACGUCGGGGAUCGUGAGUGCAGCAGGCGAGAAGUACGAGUUUGAGGUGAUCAUCAAGGAUACAUGGGACAACUUCAGGAACCACGUAGAGGACAAGAUUGAGAUCUUUGAAUUGGUUCCCACCACCAAACAGCGAGGAGAGGAGUGGUCUAACUACGAGGUGACCAGCUCGGGUCAUGGGUCGUACAAGGUGACGGCCACCCAGUCCAUCGCUCGUCAGACUCGCUUCACCUUUGCCGUGAAUGGAACCGUCGCUCUCGGGCCCCAGCACAACUACUUGCUCAACAUCGUCCCCAACAUCGUCUGCAUCGACCAGUGUGUGGUCACCGGGGAGAUCACGACGACUGUUGGCCAGUACAUUGCCCUCCUGAUUGCUCUGCGCGACAAGUAUGGGAACGUGUGCUCCCCGCAGCAGAUGGCAGAUGUCGAGAUCCUUGUGAGCGACGUGCAGCUCCUGAACGGUCAGAUUGAACAGAAGGAUUUGGCGCUGAAUCAUCGGGUGAGCCGAGUAGACUUCCAUCCCGGCAUCAUCUACACCCAUCAGAUCGUAUUCUUCACCGAGCAGGCAGUCAAGGUCUCGCUGAACCUCAUGUUGAAGAAUGAUUUGCUCCAUCGCACGACCCUCCAGUUCGAGACCAACGAGCUCGACCCGGACUCUUGCCUGGUCGAGGGGCUGCCAAACUGCAUCGUCUGCGGAGAGAACUUCACCUUGUCUAUCAAGCUUCAAGACUCCUUCAAGAAUGGUCUCCUCGGCAUGGACUCUGCCAUCAUUCUGAUCGCUCAGGAUCCGCUCGGAACCAUCGCAAACGUGCAGAAAGUGCAGGCGACGGAGGUCGGGAAGGGCAACUACACCGUCACUUUCAGGAUCCAGACGGCGAACCCUUCGAUGCAGUUCCGCAUCAGAGUGAACGAGUUCACCAUCCAUGCAGCUGCGGUGGAGGUGCUGCCAGCUGUUGCCAAAGCGAAGCUGUCAGAGCUGGAGCACCACGAGGAGUGCAGAGUUCACUUCCCUAUCACCUUCCGAGGGCUGCUCAUGGACGAGUACGGCAACAUCGCCAUCACCUGCGACAAGCCCCCCGUGGUGAAGCUCGACGGCUGCGCUCUGAAGAGCAGCGAUGCCAAGGUGUACAUGGAGAAGGGCGGGGCCUUCCGGAUCUCCUUCACCCCCCGCCGCCAUGGCGACGUGCGACUCAAGGCCUUCGUCAACGAUGAAGUGCUAGCGGAGAGAACCGUCAAGGUCCGGAGUCUGGCGUCGUGGACCAAGGAGGACGCAGCCGAGUGGAUCCAACUGAUGGGGCUGAUAGAAGCAAAGAUCAAGCCUGUUGCCGAGAAGCUGUCCAAAGAGUUUGUGAAUCAAAAUGCAACCGGAGCCAAGAUUGCCGGGGGGCUUCUCGACAGGGGAGCGCUUCACUUUGCGUUUGGGAUCGAAGACAUGCACGUCGCUGAGUUCUUCUCGCAAGUCAUCAACGACCUCAACAAGGGAUCUGAGGCCCCCAGGUAUUACUUACCGUGGGACUGGUCCUCCUCGGACUCGGCGCUCCGGGUCGUCCCGGUGCCAGCAGGGGAUGAAGCCUUCAACAACAUCGCACAGCGGCUGACGGAGUCCAUGCCCAACGCCAACAUCCUCUCCAUCCAGAGGGUAGAGAACGUGGACAAGUACGCCAAGUACUUUCAAGUUCGCAACGACAUGGCGCACUCUAGAGGCGGGGAUCCCAACGAGCACUACCUCUGGUUCUGCGGGUGUGAGGGGCUGGAGCACGAGAGGGUCCUGCAGGAGGGGUUCAAGACUGACCUCCUGGAGGGGGUCUCCUCCUCGGAGUACUUCAUGAUGGGCUACGGGUUUCUGUUCGUGUCCGACCCCAAGGUAGCUCAUCAGCUGCAGUACUCGUCCCAGGUCUCAGGCACAGAGAGGAAGCUCGUCCUGGCCAGAGUGACGUGCGGGACGAUCGCAACAAGGGAGCCGAUCCUGGCCAACGUGGAGACUGAGAUCAAGAAAGCGGAAAACAGAGUUCCUCCCGCUGGCUUCCACACUGCGACCUCCAUGCAACGAUGCGAGCUGGGGGUUUACUGGAACAACAUGGCGUACCCGGAGUAUGUUGUCAGCUACAAGCUGCCAUACAGCCUCGACGUGGACUGGCCUGAGAAGCGAGGGAACAGCCUGAUGAAGAUCGACGAGACUACAGCAGUGCUAUAG